UAACAGAAUACGAUAUCGAUAACGAUUACUUCGAUUAAAUUUAAUUGCCUUACUUAUACUCGUGGACGAAUAACGAUUUGAUCUUCAAGAAUUCGUCGAAAUACGGUGUUCGGAAAUCGUGCUACGUAAAUAAAUAACGCGAAAGCGAUUGACAGCGAGAUUGUAAUAAUCACUUCGCCAAAAUUCAGCUAUUCAAGGAAAAACUGUCGAAGUCGCAGGCCCCGGGUUCGUCCCAGCUGUGGGACGAACGCAUAGCGUUGCGUUCGGUGAAGGAUCAGUCGAUUGAUUCACCAACGGUUAUCAACGUGGCUACCCGACCGCCACCAGUGGUGAUAAGAAGGAAGCAGAUCCUACCGAUUGAGGCAAAACGGCAGGACUCAAGCAUCGCGGAAUCCAGCAUUUCUGACGAGGGUCCUCGAUCCAGUCGCGAAAAACUCGACGACACUGCAGGGAGAAAGAGGAAGGAUCGAGGACACUCUCGUUGCGAAGAAUCAAGGCUCAAGGAGAACGCUCGUUGUGGGUUUGAAUUGUCGCUGGAGAACGACGGGGCCUGUGCGCGAUCGGAAGUCGGGAAUCACGCGCGCAGAAAGCGAUACUUUUUGGCGAAGUCCACAUCGACGAACGGCACGGCGCGGCGACUAGUAUCCACGGAGAUCGGCGGCGGUGGGACGACGUCGACGAUCAGUUCGUCGUCAUACGAGCGCGACCUGCAGAGCCUGCUGCACAGUCAGCCGCGCGAAAAUAUCACUGGCUACAAGUGCCACAAAGAGGCUGGUACUUCAACUGGUACCAGUGGACGUUUUGCCAUCAAGAUCAGCGGUAGUACCUCCUCGGAUCUUCAAGAGGAAAGCGAGCUGUCGUCCGAGGAGAGAGACGCCUUGAUCGAGGACAUUAGAACGACAUCGAACGUUUGUCGCAACAGGAUACCCAAGUUUAACGCUAGACGAAGAGUUGUAACUACUACCGGAUCCUCCGUAGUCAAGGAUUAUUAUCCUAGGACUGCGGAAAAUCGACUUCUGGAUUUGAACAAGGAUUCCUGUUGCGCCACAACGGCGACAACAACCCUGACGAGACAUCAUAACGUCCACGUGAUCAACGAAAACGUCCACGUGAUCAACGAGACGGAUACUUUCCCCGACGACUUUCCCAACUCGUCUCAGAAACCAACCUCAGCACCGAACACCUUAUCUCUUGGCAGAAAACUUUCAUCUUGGAAGAAGGAGGGCAAGGAUCUACUCGUCAAGUCGGUUUCCUCAGCAAACACGCUCACCCCAACGACGAUGACCUGCAUAAAGUCACCGGGAGCGAUGUCAGAACAUCUCUUGGGGCAAUUCGAGGUCCCGGUUGCACCUGCGACAGCGGUUCUCAGUGCCCUGCGAGUUAAAGGUGGCUCGCUACGGGAGAGCGAUCGUAGCGAGAGGAUGACGGACGUACCGCGACAAAGAUGGAGCAGCGUCAAGGACAAAGGUGGCAGUGUCAAGAGCCUAUUGCUGGAGAACGGAGGUCCGCAACAACAGCCAUUGAAGGAUGCUCUUAGAAAAGAGGUGCUGUCCCUCGGAGCAGACAUUCUCCCGGCGUACAAAUUACAGUCCCCCAGAAUCCAUAAGUGGACCAUAUUACACUACUCGCCGUUCAAGGCAGUCUGGGAUUGGAUUAUAUUACUACUCGUGAUGUACACCGCCAUAUUUACGCCGUAUGUCGCCGCCUUUGUUCUAUCGGAUCCGGAUUACAACAGCAGAAAGAACAAGAAGUACAGUGAUGACCCCAUCGUUAUUAUAGACUUUAUAGUUGAUGUCACAUUCAUCGUGGACAUCAUCAUAAAUUUUCGCACGACGUUCGUCAACAGCAACGAUGAGGUGGUCUCCCACCCUGGUAAAAUUGCCGUCCAUUACCUGAAGGGUUGGUUCAUCAUCGACUUGGUAGCUGCCAUUCCCUUCGACCUCCUACUCGUCGGCUCGGACACUGACGAGCUCGGCUUGGACAAGGACGAGACGACGACCUUGAUCGGACUUUUGAAGACGGCUCGUCUGCUGCGCCUUGUCAGAGUGGCCAGGAAGAUCGACAGAUACAGCGAAUAUGGCGCUGCCGUUUUGUUACUUUUAAUGGCCACUUUUGCCCUUAUUGCUCAUUGGAUGGCGUGUAUAUGGUAUGCCAUAGGAAACGCCGAGAGACCGACCCUGAAGAGCAAGGUUGGUUGGCUCGACAUUCUAGCCAACGAUACUCAUCAGUUUUACUUUCACAAUAACACCGGCGGGCCGAGCAUAAAAAGUCGUUAUAUCACGGCGCUUUAUUUCACCUUCAGCAGUCUUACGUCCGUAGGCUUCGGGAAUGUAGCACCGAAUACCGAUGCCGAAAAAAUCUUUACAAUAAUCGUCAUGUUGAUCGGAUCUCUGAUGUAUGCUAGUAUCUUCGGUAACGUAUCGGCGAUCAUCCAGAGGCUAUACAGCGGUACCGCCCGGUAUCACACACAGAUGCUCAGGGUCAGGGAAUUCAUAAGGUUCCACCAAAUCCCGAACCCGCUCCGCCAACGAUUGGAGGAGUACUUUCAACACGCGUGGACCUAUACGAAUGGAAUUGAUAUGAACAGUGUUCUGAAAGGGUUCCCCGAGUGCCUUCAGGCCGACAUCUGUCUUCAUCUCAAUAGAAAUCUUUUAAGCAAUUGCCGAGCCUUCGAGGGGGCCAGUCAAGGCUGUUUAAGGGCAUUAUCCUUAAAGUUUAAGACGACACACGCGCCUCCGGGUGACACUUUAGUUCAUCGAGGGGAUGUGCUGACUUCCCUGUAUUUUAUAUCCCGUGGCAGUAUCGAGAUUCUGAAGGAGGACGUCGUGAUGGCCAUUUUGGGCAAGGAUGACAUUUUCGGCGAGAAUCCGUGCAUUUAUCCGACGGUCGGAAAGUCGUCUUGUAACGUUCGCGCCCUUACAUAUUGCGACCUUCACAAGAUCCAUCGGGAUGACUUGCUCGACGUCUUAGCUCUUUAUCCGGAAUUCUCCAACCAUUUCAGCCAGAAUCUUGAGAUUACUUUUAUCAUGCGAGACGAAGAACAGGCUGGUGUCGACCCAAUAUCAGCAAGAUUUCCUGUAAGUACUCCGACCGACGUCGACAUCGACGCCAGGAGAUUCGCUUUCCGUCCACCAAGAUACCGUCGAGGACCUGGUGGUCCUGGCACAAAUCUUAUUCCCACAUGUCGACAAGACUCCUUGCAGGACGACCAGGAUGAUUACGAUAAAGGUAGCGGUCAUGGUAUCUUAGAGUUUAGCACGGACAAGGCGGGUCAAGACGUGACACCAUUGAAUUUAGAAUUCGACGAGCCCAAACAGAGAAGCUCGACUUUAAACUCGAUAACUGGCAUGCUAACCCAUCUCAAGCGCAGUAUACCGGAUCUACGUCAGCACAAGAUUCAUCUGCAGCCGCUUACCAGUCACGAUUACCUUGCGAAACAAAUGACCACGCCACCGACGAAAGCCACCCCAGCGCGCCGGAGUUCCGCUGCCGGCGAGAGUUGCCUCAGUCAAAACGUCGUUCAUCCCACUUCGACAACGUCAAGCCACUACACCACACCAUCGCCCCCGCAGCAUCCUCAUUCUCAUGGCGACUUUCAAAGUGGCCCGGGUCGGCCCGUGGAGGAGCUCAAUGCCAGGAUCGACCAAUUGUCGCGGCAGGUGUCUUCGUUGGAACACUCAAUGGCCGGCGAUAUCAGAUUGAUCUUGAGUUUACUUCAGCAAACUCUCAACUCGUCGAGAGAGAGCUCUAGCAUCGAAAUGAUGCCGGGAACUGCGCCAACUGGUGCGAGACAGAGCAAUCGUGCACCCGCGUUGGUUCAAAGAUCGGCAAGUGAGCCGCAGCCACCGACGAUUCCAGCGAGCAACGGAAGUGGAAAGAUUCAACCUAGCACAUCACAUGGCUUGUUCAGAGCUCCCAUGAGAGAUCCGACCUCCACAUCGUCGGGAACAUCGCGGCUGACCGUUACAUCGGACACAUCUGCACUCGCGACGGCGUUACAAACGGCACUGAAUGGUCGGCCCGGACCCACGAGGUCGCAUAGCCAGCCGGUUGACCUAGCGAUACCGACUAGCACGCAGCAACAGGCCCAUCAGGCUCACGCCUGGCACAGCCAACCUGCUGCUUUUAGGAGGGGCGAAUACCGGAGUGGCGUGCCUUGCGGUAGAUACAGCUCGUUCAAUAAGCGAUCGGAGCCAGAGGGUGAAGAUUCCUGGAGCUGUGUGGUACCGGAGGACCGGAGCAGCGCUCAACGUCCACGCAGCGGAGACUCGCGCAAGGACUCGUCGAAUCAUCGUGGCGGCGCGGAGUCCACAUCGGGGCAACAGGGUCGAUCCGAGAGCAGACAUGAGAAUAGUAGGGGACAGACGAGCGGGUCCCGACAACAAGACUCUUCGAGACAGACCAGCGAAGAUAUGUCAUGGGAGUUUACGAUAAACGAGGCGCCGAUCGCGAGGCUCGAGUCGCUGGAUGAACUUGAUCAAGAUCAUGGUAGUUAAGGGAAAACACGCGCGGGAGAGAUCGUCCUGUUAGCUAGGAGUAAAGACAUAGAGAAUGGACUGCGCGAUCCGUAUUUAAGUAGUAUUCAAAUGUGGUUGACAAUAAUGAAAGAGAGGGAUCGUGGAAGAUGGAUCUCCCUUUCAUUCUCUCUCCCAUUACACAAUUGAAUGGAAAGAGAUAGAGAUGGUCGUCUUCCAUGAUCUCUCUCUCUCUUUUACUUUUAUCGACCAUUUUGACACAGAGAUCGCACAGUCUAUUCUCUAUGUCUUUGGCUAGGAGCCAUGACAUCACCGUAAGGAUCAAUUUGUCCUGAUGAUCAACGAGAAAUAGAGAGCUGCAAUAUGCGAGUGCGAUGGAAGAGCGCGACCGAGGUUCCUUUCGUACGAAAUCUCGUUCUUAAUCCGAUUGAUAUCAUAGUCACGUUUAGCCUCGAAACUUCGCAGCUGAAUUGUAAAGAAUGUAACAAGACAUUCAUAGGCAAACUUAGGAGCGCGUACUGUUGAAGGGAGCACCAAAGUCCAAAAACAUAAUAAUAAGUUGGUGUAAAAGCUGUCUGUAUGUUGAAAUAAUUUUUUUAAAUUUUUUUAUCCGAAUUAGA